AUGUCGAAUCCCUCCCAGACCUCCGACAACAAGGCCGAACCCACCCAGCAGCCCCAACCACAGAAGCCUCCGGUUCUGGAGGAGGACGACGAGUUUGAGGAUUUCCCUGUUGAAGACUGGCCGCAAGAAGAAACCGAGCAGGGCGCUGCCGCUGCCAACGGCACCAACAACCACCUGUGGGAGGAGAGCUGGGAUGACGAUGAUGCCGCGGAGGAUUUCUCGAAGCAGUUGAAAGAAGAACUCAAAAAAGUCGAAGCUUCCCAUUAA